CAUUGCAAGGAACACGUACUUGGAGCCCUAAAAUCAAAAUUUGGACAGUGGACUAGGCUCCAAGCACACAAACAUAGCUAGACAAUCAAAGAGAAACACCCCCCCCCCCACACACACACACACUUAAGUUCUACAGUGCCCUUGAUAGACUGCUAAUUGCACAUGUUUUUACCCCUAUUCUUGAGCCAUUUGAGAUGUUGAUUCUCGUGUUUUAGGACGAUUUCACGCUAGGUUGUUCUUGUUUGUGAUAUUUCCGGUCCUAGUACGUGAAUGAAGGUUUAGGAACGAGUUCGGGGUCGAUUGGACGGAGAUCGGACGUUUGGCGAUAAGCUGAGGAAGUCACACUGGCAUGCCUAAAACCCACACAGCCGUGUAAGGGAACCCAUGUGGCCGUGUGGAAAUUCCAGGGAACUCACAUGGGCAGCCUGGAAAUCCACACGGCCGUAUGGUUGUAGCCGUAUAGGAUGGCUGAAGUCCACUUAUCGAAACGUCGCGUUUUGCACAACUCACACGGGCAGCUGAGAAAGCCACACGGCCGUGUGGCCUACCCGUGUGGUCGGGAAUUUCUGGGUUUUAACCCAAAUUCGAGCCAAAAGAGAGGGAGUCGACUUUUUGGAGCAAAAAUAGAGCCCUAGAGAGAGAAAGUGCGAAGAACACCCCCUAAGAGUGGUUUUGUAGCUGGGUUUCAUCAAUCAAGCUUGGAAAUCAUCCUUGGAGUGAAGAUUGAUCCACCUAUUCACGCACAAGAGAGAGAGAGAUCCCUGCUUCAGCACUUCCAGCUAAUGAAGAGGAAAUGGAGAAGGAGUAUGUACCCCAGCUUCCCUUUCCUACUCGGUUGCACAAAGACCGACUAGAGACUGAGUUUGCAAAGUUCAUGGCAAUGCUGAAGCAGGUAAACAUAAGAAUGCCCUUCGUGGAGGCAUUAUCGAAGAUGCCCAAGUAUGCCAAGUUCAUGAAGGAUCUCCUCACCAACAAGAGGAAGCUUGGGGAGCUGUCAACGUUAAUGCUCAACGAGGAGUGUUCAGCCAUCCUGCAGAACAAACUACCAGAGAAGCGAAAAGACCCAGGGAGUUUUACUAUCCCUUGCAUGAUUGGUAGUUUGCUAUAGGGAAGUCCUUGGCAGAUUUAGGAGCUACCAUAAAUUUCAUGCCAUAUGCAUCCCUCAAUGUCUCAUCUUCCUCUUGCUCAAAGUGGGUGAUCUUCUUGCUCCACUCCGCCGUCUUAGAAGGUGGGAAAUACCGAGUCAUAAACUUGUUGAGCAUGUCAUCCCACAAGGUGAUCGAGAGGGCUAGUCUAUUGUUGAGCCACCGAGACGCAUUCCUCCUCAAGAGAGUAGAGGAAUAGCCUCAACUUCAACGCAUCCUCGAGAACACAAUCGAUCUUCAAACUCCCCGCAAGUUUGAUGAACUUCUAAACAUGCUCCCUUGGAGACUCAUUGCCAAGCCCAUGAAACAGUGCAUUGUUUUGGAUCAUGGUGACGAGGACGGGCUUGAUCUCGAAAUUGUUGGCGUCCAAGGGCAGAUGUCAAAUGGCAGGUUAAAUAUCCGCCACCCGUGGGGCCAUAUAGUAGCCCAUGGUCCUUGGUUUCUCCUCUGCGACCGCUCCACCUAGAGCAUGUUGAUUUGCAACCAUAUCAGCUUCACUUUCUUCCUCUUCGUAAUCAAACUCUUCCUCAACUACAACUUCUUCUUCGGGACCAACUUGUGGUUGUCCCCUUUCUUCCAUCCUUAAUCUUGCCUCUGCCAGUUCCCUCUCACAGGCCAAGAGUCGGAGAGUGCGGUUGACAUUCUCUCGUGAGUGCCGCCAAAAGUUGUCGGAUUACUCCGAGUCGUACACCUCCUGCUUACACUAAAAAGAACCACAACUCGUCUAACACAAGCAAGAUUCACAAACACAAAAGGGAAAAGUAAAAGUUAGAUUAACAA